CGAGCAAGAUGGAAUCCGGUUCGACAUAUAUAGUACCCAGUCUUUUGUCUCCUUUUCCUCACUCAUUGUUAGAUUAUUGAAUUACUGUCCGGUCUUUAUCGUCAACCUCGAUAUCACUAUUCUCAUCAUUGGAACAUGUCUUCCACAGUAUCACUGUAUGGGAAAAUUAAUAGCCACGCAGCUCAUGAGCAUCAUCAUGAAAGCAGUAGCCGCAAUAGUAAAUGGAUAAUUGACGUGAAAGAAAACCUAGAUAAGAUGGAAGAAUGGACGAAACCAGAUCACUGGAUGAAAAAAUGCAUUUACGAAAUACCGGCAUGCGUCAAAGAUCUUAACAAGAAAGCUUUUAAGGCUCAAGCUGUGUCUUUUGGUCCUUUCCACCAUGGAGAGGAUCACUUGAUUCCAAUGGAGGAACACAAGCACAGAGCACUACUCCGUUUUGUCAAGAGAUCUAACAAACCUGUUGAGUCUUACAUGGACGCCCUUCAUCGAGUUGGUAAGCACCUCAUUGAAUCUUAUGAUUGGCUUGAUGAAGCAACAAAUAAUGAUUAUCGAGAUCAACAUGGCAACUACACUGACAAAUUCUUGGACCUCAUGAUGCUGGAUGGCUGCUUCAUGCUCGAAAUUUUACGAACUUCCACGAGAAUUAUUGAUGAUUAUGCUUCUAAUGACCCAAUCUUUAGUUACCAUUGUAAACUAAACUUAAUGCCUUACAUAAGGAGAGAUAUGCUUCUCCUCCAGAACCAACUCCCAAUGCUUCUUCUAGACACUUUACUCGAUGUUGAAACUAGCGGAGCCGGAAAUAAUACUAAUGGUGACAAACCGAAGGACGAGGAGUACCUAAACGAUAUCAUAAUUAGGUUCUUUACCCCAAACAGACCUACCCAUAUCGUUGGCAGAUGUCGACAUGCACUAGACGUAUACAGGAAGAACCUUCUUCAAGAGCCACACAAUAAACCUCAUAAACUACAUGGUCACGGACCUCACGGUAAAAAUGGUCACAGUGAAUAUAGUUUUGAUAUCAUCCGUUCAGCAAGGGAGCUUUACGAGGCUGGCAUACAUCUCAAGACUAGUAAGACCUUGAGUCUCAAAGACAUCUCCUUUUCUGGUGGAGUUCUCCGACUACCGAUGAUUGUGGUGGAUGACACAACUGAAUCCACUUUUUUGAACCUAAUGGCCUACGAAAGGUUCCAUGAUGGAGAAGGAAAUGAUGUUACUGCUUGCAUCUUUUUCAUGGCCAACAUCAUCGAUUCGGCCAAAGAUGUUACUCUCCUGCACUCUAAAGGGAUAAUACAGAAUGCGCUUGGGAGUGACAAGGCAGCUGCAAAGCUGUUUGACGAGCUGUCCAUGUAUGUGGCACCUGAUCCUGAUAGUACGCUAGGAAAGCUGCACCAGGAGGUAAAUGACUAUUGUGAGAGGAGGCGGAAUAAAUGGCGUGCUAACCUCAUCCAAACCUACUUUAGGAGCCCAUGGACCAUUAUUUCUCUUGUCGCGGCUAUUGUCCUAAUGGCACUCACCUUUGGUCAGACGAUAUACACCAUAUAUCCUUAUUAUCACCCUCGUGAUCCUACAAAAGCACCACCUCCUCCUCCAUCCAGACUUGGUUAGUGACCAUAUUCUUUUUUAAUUUCUUAAACCAUACUUUUGUGUGUGAUUUACCCAGUUAUGGUGAGUUUCUUGAUGGAUGUGACAUUUAGAGUUACCAGUUUUAAUUGGUGAUUUGUGAUUUCCUAGAGAUGUAUUGAAUGAUUUGAAUUGAAUUCUUGUUUUUUAAAAUUCCGAUGAAA